UUGAAUGAAAGAAUAUUUUAACCUCAUAUGCUAAAAAAUUAAUUAGAAUUUCCAUGUUGCCACCACUACACACACAUAAAAAAGGUAGAAGCUGGCUGAUGUUGGUGUCAAACUAGGUGCCAGAUUGGGGAGCCGGCUGUCGGCUUCCGGCUGGAACGCACUAGAGACGACUGCGGGCUGUAUUUGAAUUGGGGAUGCAGGAGAGAUGAUAAUUGGUUUCAAUUGGUAAUCUAUGAUCUAUCCUUAGUCAACUAUAACAAAUUUAAAUAUUUAAAUUUAAUUUCAUUUUGGGGAAUUUGGUCAUAGGCCUUUCGCACAAAAGGAGAUUGCCAGGUUGCCAUUUGAACUCAUUCCCAUUUCUAAGGGCAGACCUGAGUUCUUAAUAAUUUCAGAUCAGCUUGCAAGAUUUGUACUUAUUUAGAGAUGUCUAAUAACUAUGACAGUUGGGAGAGAUUGGUGGAAGCUGUGCUUGAUAGAGAGAAACUGCGUCGAAUUGCUUUAUUAGAUGAAUCGAGGGAAUCCAGCUUCAACUCCGUUUCAUUCUCCGGUUUUAACUUUGGGUCAACUUCUAAUACAGUAGUAGAUGACUGGAAUUUGGACAUAGUUCAAUCAUUUGAUCAUCAUCAGGAGGACAUAAUGAUCUCUACAUCAGUUACGCCUCCGGGAAAUGAAUCCGAGGCAGAUCUGCAUCAGUUUUUGGAGAGAGAACAAAUGAAAAAAUUUCAAGAGGUGACAGCCCAAUUGGAAGCUUUGAUUGAACCCCCAAAACGACCAGGCAGUCAACCAAGUAAGACCACUUCCGCAUUCUCCCCUGCUGAACGUACAAAGAUAGAAGCUCUCCUCCAUAAGCUCACGGCUCGCAAUACUGAAGAUCAGAUUUCUGCAGCAGGUGAAAUUCGCCUUCUUACAAAGCAGAAUGCUGACAAUUGUGUGGCAAUUGCUGAAGCUGGUGCCAUUCCUUUGCUCGUCCCACUUUUAUCGACACCUGAUUCCCGCGCCCAAGAGCAAGCUGUUACGGCACUUCUUAACCUUUCCAUGUGUGAAGAUAACAAGGGAAGUAUUGUAUCUUCUGGGGCCGUGCCUGGUAUAGUUCAUGUGCUCAAAAAGAGUAGCAUGGAAGCACGGGAAAAUGCAACAGCCACACUAUUUAGCCUCUCAGUAAUAGAUCAAAAUAAGGUUACAAUUGGUGCUUCGGGAGCAAUUCCAGCACCUGUGACACUUCUAAGUGAAGGUACACAAAAUGGGAAGAAGGAUGCUGCAACGACACUCUUCAACUUGUGCAUAUAUCAAGGUAACAAGGGAAAGACCAUUAGGGUGGGAGUCGUCCCUACAUUGAUGCUGCUGCUUACUGAACCUCAAGGUGACAUUGUGGAUGAAGCUCUUGCUAUACUAGCAAUAUUGGUUAGUCAUCUCGAAGGAAAGGCGACUAUUGGAGUUGCAGAGGCAGUACCUGUGCUACUCGAUGUCAUCCGGAAUUAGGGGUGGGCGCGGGUCGGUUUGG